AUGUCUGCUCAAGAGUUCUUCGACAAACCCUUCGACAAACACAAUGAGGUGCGGCAAACCGACGAAAAGACCGGCGGUCUCCCUCCCAAACCUGAAGUCCGAGGCAGUUUCUGGAGUCGUUGUCACGAUCGCUGGGCACUGGUUGCUUUCCUCACCAGCUUUACCGUAUAUCUCUUCUUGAGCAUAUAUUGUCUGUACAAAGUGGGGACAGAUUAUGACGAUGUGACGGACAUUGAUGUGCCAGGUGACUGGCAAGAGUCGAGCAGCGGGACAACUUCUAGCUCGGGUGGAGUUGAUUAUGGCGAGGCAUUUACAAAGAAUGUAUUCGCGCUCGCUUCCGCCGUGGCCGUUGGGCUCAGCUUUGGACUUUUGUUUUUUGUGAGGUACUUUCCAACAGUCACGAUCAUCAUUGGCCCAGUGAUAUCCCUCCUCUACAUGAUAGGUGCUACGGUCGGCUGUAUCUACCUGAAGAUCUGGGGCGAAGCCGCUAUCUGCGCUGCAACUGCCGCCUUGAUCGUAUUAUGUCUGUUCAUGUUCAUGUCGAGGUAUAGGCUUGCGAGAGACUUGCUCGAUACCGCCAAUCAGGCCGCUAAAGCGCAUUGGUCGGUCUUCUGGACAGUUCUCAUUGGCAUCUUGGUUCAAGGAUUGAGUUCCCUCUGGAAUAUCGCUACGUUCAUAGCAGUGUUUCUCGUUUUUGAACCAUGGCAUCAAGGAUGCGACGAUGGAGACUAUUGUUCUGCUGGCAUGACCUGGGUACUCCUGGUCUGUGUCAUCAUCGAGUACAUGUGGAUAUCCGCAGUUAUCAGUAACAUCACGUUGACUGUCAUGGCCGGCGGACCUUAUGCUCUUGUUGACGGGUCGCUGAAGGUUGAUGAAUGGUGGAACUGGCUGAUUCUCCUCUACUCUUUCAUCCUCGCGCUCAAUAUCGGUCUCGCUCUGACAUCCGCACUCGAAGCUGGUGUGACGACAGUCUUUGUAUGCCUCGACAAAGAUCCAGACUAUCUGAAGCAGCGCAAUCCCCGUUUCUAUGAUGACCUGUGCGCACACCCCGAUUGCUAUUCGAUAGUGAUGCCAGAGGCAAAUCAGCCCUUACAACGGCGAGAAAAGGCUUAA